AUGCGUACUGCUUAUCCCCUCCUCUCUCUCCUCUUUGUCCUCAUCCCCGCUGUCAGGUCCCAGUUCACCAUCGCAGACACUUACAUCGGCCAAGACUUCUUCAACACAUGGACCUGGCAGGACAUAGACGACCCCACGAACGGCCGUGUCAACUACACCGACCAGGCCUUUGCCCGCGCCACUAACCUGUCUUAUGCGACGUCGACAAAAUUCUUCAUGCGCGCAGACGACCAGAAUGUCGUCCCCUCAAAUGCACGCGGAAGAAACAGCGUCCGCAUCCUGUCCAACAAGGCCUACUCGGAUUCUCUCACCGUGCUCGACAUUCAGCACAUGCCCGAGGGUUGCAGCACAUGGCCUGCGUUUUGGUCCCUCAGCCAGACAGGCCCGUGGCCAGCUGGUGGAGAAAUCGAUAUCAUAGAAGGCGAGUCCCGCUUUCAUACCCCACGUGUGAACAUGGACACCUCAAAUCUCAUAUCCCUGCACACCUCCCCCAACUGCACCGUGCCCGAGGAGCGCAUCGAGACCGGCACGGUUGACUCCACCAACUGCGACGCAGACGUGAACUACAACCAGGGCUGCGGCGUCUCCGGCCCCGUAGGCUCGUACGGCGCACCACUCAAUGCCGGCGGCGGCGGCUGGUUCGUCAUGGAGCGCACGCGCGCCACCGGCAUCCGCGUCUGGUUCUGGCCGCGCAACGCGACGGACGUCCCGCCUGCCGUGCUCUUCGCCGAGCCGUUCAUCCUCCCCGACCUGACCUGGCCCACGCCCACCGCGUACUUCCCCAUGGGCGCCGACUGCAACUACGAGACGCACUUCAACGCGCACCAGUUCGUGUUUGACCUUACGUUUUGCGGUGACUGGGCGGGCACGGAUUACACCACCACUGGGUGCAGCGGAUCCUGUACCGAUUUCGUUGACAACAAUCCAGAAGCAUUUACAGAGGCGUACUGGGAGGUCAAUUCGCUUCGUAUGUAUACCAUCCUCGCGUGA